CGAUGGCUCGCACCCAGCAGACGGCCCGCAAGUCCACCGGCGGCAAGGCCCCGCGCAAGCAGCUGGCCACCAAGGCCGCCCGCAAGAGCACCCCGGCCACCGGCAGCGUGAAGAAGCCGCACCGCCACCGGCCCGGCACCGUGGCCCUGCGCGAGAUCCGGCGCUACCAGAAGUCCACCGAGCUGCUGAUCCGCAAGCUGCCGUUCCAGCGCCUGGUGCGCGAGAUCGCGCAGGACUUCAAGACCAACCUGCGCUUCCAGAGCUCAGCCGUGAUGGCGCUGCAGGAGGCCUGCGAGGCCUACCUGGUGGGUCUGUUCGAGGACACCAACCUGUGCGCCAUCCACGCCAAGCGGGUCACCAUCAUGCCCAAGGACAUCCAGCUGGCCCGCCGCAUCCGCGGGGAGAGGGCGUAAAAAGUCUAGUGUAUGUAACCCCCUCUUGCCCCUCCUACCUCCUCCCUUUACCCUGUUCUCCCACGAAAGGAUCCCCCUAAGACCCCUGUCCUUCCCCCGG